AGGUGGGUCUCGCUCUCUCUCUCUCUCUCUCUCUCCCGUCCUUCUGGAGACAUCUAGAGAGAGUACGAACCCUCUCCUCUAUGUAAACAAUCGCCAUGAUAUACUUACUUCUACGACCCACCAUCAGGAUUCAUUAGUUCAUCAUACCUGAUCAUAAUCCAAUUCCAGAGAGAGAGAGAGAGAGAGAGAGUACAGGGGUAUUCGAGAAUUCUAUUAGUGGACUUUAGGGUUUUGUUUGCUCGAUUUGCGUAAGAAUGAAGGGUUUUUUGCCGUUGAAGUUGAAGAGAAAGGAUCUUGAAGAAAUUAACGAUGACUUCUCUGAUUUCUCACUCUCUUCUCCUGCAAGAAAAAUCCGUCGACUGGAUGCUGAGUUGCCAUUGCCACCGAUAAUGGAGGAGGAGGAACUGGAAAUUCCACCAGCCUAUGGACAACAAACUAUUCCAACAAGCAAUGUGGGGCCAGUGAUUGAAGAGUUACCCACUGUGCCUGUGAAUGAGGAGAGGUCUAUUGUGCUAUUCAAGCCCAUGAACUCACCUCUGUUGCAACUCCCUUCUACUUUCUCUGUGUCAGUGGAUCCUGACUUAAUUUCUGGCUUUAAAAACGCAGAUCAAGUCCUAUGGUCAAGCAAGUCAAGUCCAUUGAAAUCCGCGGAGGAUGAUGUAGUGAAGCAGGAUUUGAACUCGGUUGCCACUAAUGAUCUUUUAGCAGUUGUACCCUGGGUACCUUCUCCGUUUCCUACUACAUCGGAAGCUCAGGUUUUUCAGACAGAUGCUUCUGAUUUAAUGGAAGCUGAAGUAAUAGAGGCAUCAGCGAUGGAUGUAGAGGAUAAGAAUGUUGGUGUUGAUCAAAGACCUGGAAAUGAAUUUGGUGGGAUAAGUGAAGGUUUACAUCCGUGGCAGCAACAACAUUGCAUGAUUCCACAGCCUCCCCAGAAUGCGUCCACACCUUUAGUCUGGUAUCGGUAACCAACCAAAACUUCCAUUGGGAGUCUUCUAUUCUCCACAUUUUGAUUUAUGCUGUCCACGGUCUCUUUUGAAAACACAUGGAACGUGAUAAGAGAAGUACAAAUAGGGCGACGAUGUCUUGAGUGCUUGAAAUUUUGGUGACAAAGGUUAUUCAGUCAAGCAUACCGAAUUCGGCCUUUUGAAUGUGAAGCUUGUUUUAGAAUCACUUUGGUGCUUGUGUAUUAUGCUAAUUGAAGACUGAAGUGACCGAAGUGAAAUAUUAUGCUUUGAAGCUGCUUGUCUUAUCCCCUAUGCAGUGUAAACAUUUCCUUCCCUUUUUGUAUAUACGUAGUAUUGGGAUCUUCUUAACAAUUAUUUCUGACGGGUCGUUGAGAACUUUGCUAUACUCAUAGGCCAGCAUUAUAAAUGAAAUGCUAUGAAAUUUGAAAGACUUGUAGGCCUGCAUUCCUCCGAGGGCGCUAUGCCCAUCACUUGUGUCGAAUAAAACGGGUUUAUGUUAAAAAAUAUUUAAUUUAUUUAUUAAUUUGUAUCUAACGAGUUGUGUC